GCGCUGUCUUUCCAUGAUAGACAUUCUACCUAGUGUGAUUUUCUGCCAAAUCUGCCGGUUUUGCAGCCUUUGCACGAAAAUGGUGUUUGUAAAGGUCGUUAAGAAUAAGGCCUACUUCAAAAGGUUCCAAGUGAAAUUUAAGAGGCGAAGGGAAGGAAAGACCGAUUACUAUGCCCGCAAACGCAUCGUCGUUCAGGACAAGAACAAAUACAACACACCGAAGUAUCGCAUGAUCGUGCGGUUCACAAACAAAGACAUUAUUUGCCAGGUUGCGUACGCACGAAUCGAGGGAGAUGUCAUAAUCGCUGCCGCAUACGCGCACGAGCUACCGCGCUACGGGAUCACGUGCGGACUCACCAACUACGCCGCAGCCUACUGCACCGGUCUGCUGCUGGCACGCAGGGUGCUGACGAAGUUUGAGUUGGACGGCAUCUACGAGGGACAGACGAAUGUCGACGGUGAACAGUUCCACGUCGAGGACGUGGAGGGGCGGCCGGGAGCGUUCCGAGCCUACCUGGACAUCGGUCUCGCGCGGGCCACCACCGGCGCGCGCAUCUUCGGAGCGAUGAAGGGCGCCUCCGACGGAGGCAUCGACAUUCCACACAGCACGAAGCGAUUCCCCGGCUACGACGCCGACACGAAGAAAUUCGACGCCAGCGUUCACCGCGAACACAUCUUCGGCAAGCACGUCGCCGACUACAUGCGCCACCUGGAGGAGGAGGACGACGACGCCUACAAGCGACAGUUCGGCCGCUACGUCGCUGCUGGCGUCACCGCCGACAACUUCGAGGACAUGUACAAGAAGGCACACUCUGCGAUCCGCUCCGAUCCCGUACACAAGCCGAAACCCGCGCGAGAGCACACGGGCAAGGUCAAGAGGUGGAACAGGAAGAAGAUGAGCAAGGCUCAGCACAUGGACCGCGUCAAACAGAAGAAAGCUGCGUUCGUGAAGAAGCUGCAGACAGAGGAGGAUGAGUGAAGGGCCUCGCAGUGCGAGAGAGGAAGAGAGAGAGAGAGAUGUUUAUUAAUUAAAUCGUGUUGAAGAGAUACA